CAGACCGGUCGCACAGUGUACAGCACGUUUUGGCAGUCACAAUGUUACAGGAAGGCAAUUUAACCAACAAUGACACCUGUGAGAUCCAUGAUGGCAUACUGAAUUCCUUCUUGCCAAUUGGCUACAUUGUCAUCUGUUGCAUUGGUCUGCUGUGCAACACCGUCACUUUCUACAUAUUCUUCCUCCGGCGGCACACAGACUCUUCCAUGGCCAUCUACAUGCGUCACCUUGCCCUCGCCGACACCCUCUUGGUCCUGUGUUUGCCACUACGGGUCUACUACCACAACAAAGAAGGUCCCUACUACCUGUGCAAGUUGGUAGGCAUAUUCUUCUACAUCAAUAUGUAUUCUAGCAUCCUGUUCCUCAGCCUCAUUAGUCUGGAUCGCUACUUGAAAAUCAUCAAGCCCGUUUGUGUGUUCCGCAUCCAGAAGACGAAAUGGAGCCAAAUGGCAAGCUACACCAUUUGGGUGCUGCUCAUUUUAGGGGCAAGCCCCUUCUUCACAAAAAACAAUGAUCAGAAAUAUCCAUGUGACAAGAUCUGCUUCCACUUCCACAGAAAGGGUCCUCUCAAUGGUGCGAUUAAUCUGACUACAGUGGUGUUAUUCCUUGUUUUUUACCUGGUGUUUCUAUGUUUUUAUGGGAAGAUUACUAAUAAACUUAGGACAUUGUCCAUGGGUAAUGGCGAUCCUAAGGCACAAAGUCGCAAAAAGUGGGUUAUAAGAAAGACUUUCUUGAUUCCGGCAAUUUUUACUUUGUGCUUCUUGCCUUACCAUGUUGUACGGAUCCCGUACGUUCUGGCUCAACUGAAUGUGAUUGGGGAUCUACAAAGCCAACAACUGUUGCACAUUUUAAAUGAGGGUACCUUGCUGCUAUCGACUCUAAAUAGCUGCCUUGACCCAAUUGUCUUUUUCUUCAUAUCCAGUGCAUACAGGAAAACUGUCCUUUGUGCCAUCCAGGGCAAGUUUAAAAGCAUGUAUGCUUUAAACAUGAGAAGAAUCAGCAUAAACCAUUCACUCACUGAAAUUUAGACAGCUUCAUGGAUGGCUUUCUAUCAUGUGUGAUGUCAACUGAAAGCAAUUUUAGUAGAUUCAACAAAAACAUGUUCUUUAGUUUAAAUGAUGUUUAGUGUUUUUAAAGGGUUAGUUCCAAAAAUGAAAAUGACCCCAAAAUAUUACUCACCCUUAAGCCAUCCUAGGUGUAUAUGACUUUCUUCUUUUAGUCAAACACAGUCGGAGUUAUAUAAUAAAAUACCCUGGCUCUUCCAAGCUUAAUAAUGGGAGUAUAAGGUACCUUCGAUUUUGUAAUCCGUACGGUUCCAGGGGGUUAAUAAAGGCCUUUGGUAGUGAAACGAUGCGUUUUUGUAAGAAAAAUAUCCAUAUUUAUAACUUUCUAAACUAUUAUCACUGGCUUCCGUAACGGCCGUCCGCGCAGUCACAAGAGAGUCCAGUUCCAGUAUAUGACGUAGGCAUAGCGUAAGCUCCGUUGAGAAGUGACAAAAGCAGAAGCAUGCGUUGUUUACAGCAAAGGAAAAUGGCGAAAAGUAGUGAGUUGUUUUAACUAUACUGUAGAUUUGUAAUCGUCCAUUCAUGGCAGUAAACUUGUCAGGAAUUGCACUCUUUUUUGUAUGUUGUUAUAACAGCAUAUACAUUAUUUAUAAUGCAUUUGUAAACACAUUAGUCAUUUAUAACCCCUUUAUAAACCCUUAACAAAGGGAAAAUUCAUGUAAAGUGUUUCUUCAUGGUAAGUAUAUUACUAAAUUUAGAGGGAAUAACCUGAAUUUACGCUUGAGAACAUGACCUUUGCAAAUGUCAAGGAUCUCCUUUAGAUGUCACGGCUCCACUGUGAUGUACAUGAGUACUGUUGCAAUAUGAGUGUUAAUCAUUUUUGUGGUUAUGUACUAUAGAAGUGUAAACCAUAUUACAUGCCUACAUCUCACUUCUAAAAGUGAGCACAAUAUGGGAAAAUACAGAUUUAAUAUUUAAAUUGUAAUUGUAAAUAAAAAUGACAUGUUAAUGGAAAAAUUAAUAAAGGAAAUAUUUUUUUAUUUUAUUUAAAUUUUAUGAUGAUCAGAUAAUCACACUUGAUUUGGUUGAUUUUGGAUUAGAAUGGUUAAAUUACUUCAUUAGCUGUUAUAAUGCAGUACAUUAGCAAACAUAAUUAUAGAAAUACUAU